AUGUCUAAACAAUCAGAAGAAGAGCUAAGUCAACUUCUAAACAUGUUUUCUGAUGCGAAUAUCUCGCAGUGGAACUUUUCAUGCUAUCUGGAGAUUAAUAUCAAGGGAAGCCGUCCUCCGCUUGUCAGGUUCUCUGUUGUGAUGGCACUCAUCGUCAAUUGGACUUCACCUAUAUUCAUAUUUGUCCUCACAUGUGAGACGGUUAUCCUGCGUCGGGGAUACAUGCUCCACAGCACCGACGUAUUCGGUGUCGUCUUUACGUCCCUUUUUGCACUCCCAGCGAUUCGCUCUUUGUUACCAGACGCACCCGAAUUCGGGAUUCUCAUCUCUAUUUGUGUCAUUAUUAUUGCUGUCGCAAAGCUCAACCGCGUCAGAAACGAGGAGUAG